AUGACGGGAGUCGAUCUGGAGAAAUGCAAGCGUAUUGUGCAAUACUUCUGGGAUCCAGAGCCUAAGAACGAUAUGGCGCCGGAGGCCAUGAUCUGGUGCCUGGGCCAAGUGUAUGCCUCCCACCCUCAAACCGCGAGCGGCGACCACGACAGACAUGACACCCCUUCGAGUUCGGUGCGAGUGGGUGUCCAAAAUGACACUGCUGGAUUUACAUGGCCAGAGGCAUUCAUGAAAGACUUCGAAUCUAGAAUUUGGAUGACGUACCGCUCCAACUUCACGCCUAUCCCCCGAAACAACACGCCAGAAGCAACAUCCUCGAUGUCCCUGGGGGUUCGUCUCCGAAGCCAGAUGAUGGACUCACAGGGCUUCACAUCCGACACCGGCUGGGGCUGCAUGAUCCGAUCUGGACAAAGCUUGCUUGCGAACGCCCUCUGUGUUCUAUUACUGGGCCGAGGUAACUAUGGGGAGUUCCACGCGAGCAGAAUAGCGCUGACGAGAACAACAGACUGGCGAAGAGGCCAAAGGCCCGAGGAAGAAUCUAAACUACUUGCCAUGUUUGCGGAUUAUCCAGAGGCUCCCUUUUCAAUACAUCGAUUCGUUCAAUGCGGUGCUAAGUCCUGCGGAAAAUACCCCGGGGAAUGGUUUGGUCCAUCGGCAACUGCUCGGUGCAUCCAGAUCCUGUCGAAUGAAUGCGAAGACCCCAAACUGAGGGUUUACGUGACCAAAGAUACGUCUGAUGUAUACGAAGAUCACCUCACUCGACUGGCCCGCGGAGAAAAUGGACGCUUUCAACCGACACUCAUCCUCCUUGGUUUGAGAUUGGGUAUUGAGCAGGUCACUUCUGUAUAUUGGGACGGUCUUCGAGCAUCCUUGCAAUAUCCACAAUCGGUGGGCGUCGCAGGCGGACGACCGUCGGCAUCCCAUUAUUUCAUAGGCGUGCAAGAUUCACAGUUGUUCUUCCUCGACCCGCACAUCACGCGCCCCACGAUUCCAGCCAGACGCCCCGACGAGGUCCAUACCCCAGAGGAAGUGGAUAGCUAUCACACUCGACGUUUGCGACGGAUCCACAUCAAGGAUAUGGAUCCAAGUAUGCUGAUCGGGUUUUUGAUACGAAAUGAGGCAGAUUGGAUCGAUUGGAAGGAGCGGGUCAAAUCCACGCCAGGGAAGCCGAUCAUCCACGUCGUUGCCAGCGGAAUGCAGGCGGAGGAAGGCCUGGGUCGAAAAGAGGCGUUGGACGAAGUUGAAGCACUCGACGAUUCGGACACGCUAGAAUAA